AUGGCUUCGUUGGAUGAUAUCUUGGCUGCGAUAAAUAAGCAAAGCAAGGAUAUGCGAGAUAUUAAAGACGAGUUAGGCGGAAAGAUGGAUAGCAUGACAUCUCGUGUGGAUCAGCAAGGUAGAGAGAUACAUGACCUACGGAGUCAAGUAGAUCAUGUUCGAGAUGACAUAGAUGAUGUUGUGGAUGCUCGGAUGAAGGCUUAUGCGGAGGCCUUGUUAAGGAAGGUUGAUCAAAAUAUGGAAAAGAAACUCGAUGAGGUUUUCGAUAAGGUUGCUACUCUUGAAGAAAGGGGAAGUCAUAGUGAUGCUAGACGUGAAGAAAUCCACCUUGGCAAGCAACCUAUGGGCUCAACAAGUGUUUUCCCAAAUCGAUCUAUCCAAGUUGAUGAUUUUGGCGAAAGGCGUCAUACUAGUCCAAGGCCUACAUCUAUCCAAGGCCAACGAGGAAGACGGGAUGCUACCAAAGAGUUACUUGAUGAAUUUGACUUGGAAGAAGAUAUCCAUAACAGAAGGAGCCGACUUGUGGAAGAUGAUGGAGUCACCAUGUAUCGGUUUCUCAAAGGGCUGAGGCGUGAUAUUAUGAUUCAAGUGGAUAUGUAUCCUUACAAUUCUACUUUGGAACUUGUCCAACUUGCUACCAAGAUUGAAUCGCAUGGAAAGUUAAGUGGUAAUACGGGACCAACAAAAUCUUGGCCUAAAGGAGAUGAUAAGCACACGACCAAAAAUGAGCCGCUUAAGGUGGUUAAGCGUGAUGAACCAAGGAAAGUCAGCAAGGAUGGUUCACCAAACAAAGCAAAGGAUGUCACAUGCUUUAAGUGUCAAAGGAAAGGUCAUUAUGCCAAUACAUGCCCUAAUGUGCGAACUGUUGUGCUUUGUGACAAUGGGGACUAUGUACUUUUGUCGGAUGAUGAGGGUGAAGAUCGGGAACAUGAGGUUGAGGCGAGUGAGGAUGAAGCAAUCCAAGAGACGGAAGAGCACGUUGAAGAGGAUUCAUCCGGGGAGUCUCUAGUGGUUUUGCGAAUGCUUGGAGCAGUUCCCAAGGAGUCGGAAAAAUUUGUUGAUCGGGUUAAGGAGCAACGGGAGAAUUUGUUCCAUUGUCGGUGCAAGAUUGGUGGAAAGCAAGCGUCGAUAAUCAUUGAUAACGGAAUUUGCACCAAUGUCGUUAGUUUGUAUGUGGUAGACAAGCUUGGACUCCAAACUAUCAAGCAUCAAACUCCAUACCAUCUUCAAUGGAUGAACUCUAGUGGAGAUAUGAAGAUCACUAGGCAAGCCAAAGUUCCAAUUUCAAUCGGCCCCUACAAAGAGGAUGUCCUUUGUGAUGUUACUCCAAUGACCACAUGCCAUGUGCUUCUUGGCCGACCAUGGCAAUCCGAUAAAGGAAUUAUCUAUGAUGGCAAGACUAACAAAGAGGUUCGAAAAGAUCAAGAAAGUUUGCGAAAGAAGAUGCAAGAGGCUGAAAGCCUUAAAAGAGCUAAAGGAAAAGAAGUAUCCACAGAGGAAAAGAGAGAGUCUACUGCUAAGGGUUCCAACAUCAUUUUUUCACUUACCGAUUUUCAGAGAGAAGUUGGUGACCUAGAUCAUCAAAAGGGAGGUUGUUUUAUGUUGUUAUGCAAAGAUUUAUUUCAUUCUGAUAAAGAUAAUCUACUCAAUAAUUUUCCCAUUUCCUUUGCUAGGAUGCUUGAAGAGAUGAAGGAUGUAUACCCGGAGGAACUACCACAAGGACUACCGCCCAUUCGUGGGAUAGAGCAUCAAAUUGACUUCGUACCCGGUGAUUCGAUCCCAAAUCGUCCUGCAUAUCGGUGCAACCUAGAUGAGAAUAAGGAGAUUCAAAAACAAGUCCAAGAACUUCUUGAGAAGGGAUGGGUUCAGGAGAGCUUAUCACCAUGUGCUGUUUCUAUUAUCAUUGUCCCCAAGAAGGAUAGAACUUGGAGGAUGUGUGUGGAUUUUAGAGCAGUGAAUGCGAUUGUAAUUAAGUAUCGACACCCAAUCCCGCGCCUUGAUGACUUGCUUGAUGAGAUCAAUGGAGCGAGAAUAUUCUCCAAGAUUGACCUUCCGAGUGGAUACCACCAGAUUCGUAUGCAACCCGUCGAUGAGUGGAAGACGGCAUUUAAAACAAAGCUAGGUUUGUACGAAUGGUUGGUAAUGCCAUUCGGUCUAACUAAUGCUCCUAGUACCCUCACGCGUUUAAUGAAUCAUGUUCUACGUGCUUUCAUUGGUAAAUUUGUUAUAGUAUACUUUGAUGAUAUUCUUGUCUACAGUAAAAGUGAAAAGGAACAUGUGGAGCAUGUGCAACUUGUCUUUCAACGGUUUAGGGAAGAACAACUCUAUGCUAAUUUUAAAAAGUGCAUAUUCCACACCAAUGAAGUUGUUUUCCUUGGAUUUGUAGUUAGCGAGGAUGGCUUGAAGGUUGAUGAAACAAAAGUAAAGGCAAUUAAAGAAUGGACACAUCCAAUGAAUGUUGGAGAAAUUAGGAGGUUUCUGGGAAUGUGUGGAUUUUUUCGGAGGUUCGUGCCUGGUUUUAGCUUGAUCGCUACUCCUCUCACGUCCUUGCUCAAGAAGGGAGUUCCAUUUAAAUGGGAACAAGCACACCAAGAAGCAUUUUGA